UUCAUACGCGUUCUUCCGGAACUGAAUGUAAAUAUUUUUGGAGUUGCGGUUAUCUGAUAAAAUCUAAUCCGUUUUAUAUCAGAGUUUCUACAGUAUAUUUUCGCAUUUUAAUAAACGCAUCAUCUCACUAUGGGUGGGUACGGUGUGAUGGCAGAUGACGAAUCUUUGGAUUAUUCAGUACAUGAAGCCUGGAAUGAGGCCACUAAUGUUUACCUGCUGGUUAUUUUGGUCAGUUUCGCCCUGCUUAUGUACGCCAGAAAAAAUAAGAGGAAGAUUAUGCGUAUAUUUACACUGCCACCAACAGUCGGCAGCUCAUCAGAGCCCAACUUCUACGACAGUCUGCAGAAAGUCCGGCUGAGACAACAACUGGAAAUGUAUUCACUGUCUCGUAAAUAUGAUCAGCAGCACCAGCAGUCGCAGUCAGAUAGUGUGCAGCUGUCGAUGGAGUGAUCCCACCAGAGGAGGCGCUCUUCACCCACUAAUGCGGCACAUGAGAAUAAAGGCAGAACAGGCCAAAUCUGAUUUAUAAGCCCAGAGAGACUUAAGAUCCAGAGAAGUGGAUUGCUGAGGAAGAAACAUACUGGGGGGGAAAUUGAAUGUUAUUGUUAUUUUUAUUUGAAGAGCCUUGCUUUUUACUCUCAUCCUUCAUACCUCUCGAACAUUCAGAAGAAGGUAUUUUAAGAACCUGUGAUUUGAUUUUCCUCUGAGGGCUUUGGUGGACUAUGAAACAGACCGCCCUCUGGUGUUGGAAGUGAAAUUAGUUGUAUAAUAUCUCUACGUUUCAUUUGUUUGACAAACACAUUAGUUGCACAAAUCAUCUGUGUCAUUAGGUUGAUCGCUGUUUGGGAUCUGCAUCCAAACAUUUUACCUCACCUCAAAAACCAACUUGGUUACAAAAUGCUAUUUAGGGUUUUUAAAGUAAAGAUGUUGAAAUUACUGUUUGCUGGUUGUGUUGUGCUUACUAGGUACUACCUUUUCUUCAAUGUCUUCUUAUUGCCCUCUAGUGCUAGAUUACUUGCAUGUCAGUUGUAAAAUGUGAAUCUGCUUAAAAUAAAGGUUUUAAACGUAA